AUGCCAGAUCUGAAAGUGGAGGAGCAGUUACGGGGGGAGGGAGGCGGAGGGGCCACCGGCAAGCUGGCGGUGGGCGAGGACGCCGGAUCUGAGAGUGGAGAAGCAGUUACGGGGGAGGGAGGCGGAGGGGCCACCGGUGAGCCGGCGGUGGGCAAGGACGGCGGAGGAUCUAGGGGAGGAGGCGAGGAGCCGGGAGGGAGCGGGGGGAGUGCUGGAGAGGGCGACUGGGCGAGGGCGAGAGGCGGCUCAAUGCGGGAGCAGGAGGGGCGGGCGAUAGGAGGUGCUGGUCCGGCGGCUGAUGAUGAGGGGCACGCGGCCGGCGCGGUGCCAGUGCGCCUGGCACGCUCCCUGACCCACUCGCGAGCCUCACGGGCCUCCUCCUUCCACCACUCGGCCACGACCAGUGGGCGGUGCCGCAGGGUGGUGGCCAAGACGGAGGCGGCGGCGGAGGAGCGACGGCGGGAGGAGGCCGCGGCAGCGGUAGCACAGUUGCGCGACGCUGAGGCGCGAGAGGCGGCUGCAGCUCGGGCAGCACGCGCGGUGGCUGUGGAAGCCGCGGUGGUGCGUGCAGCCAAGGCAGCCUACCUAGCCAUGAAGAAGGCACAGGCGGCAACGGCAGCCGCCACCCAGCGGCCUCUCGAGGCCGACCGGCUGCACGAGGAGGCAGAGGUGAUGCACGAGAUGGUGCGUGGUGACAAGAUGCAGCUGAGGCGCGUGGCGUAG